AUGAAACCCUCGAAGAAAGACCCGGAAUCAAUCGAGAUUACUGCGACAUCCCCACAAAGGAAACAGCCUCACACAUUGGUAUCACGUGAGCACAUUGACGAGGCUAUACAGUCAUUGCAAAAGUCCUCUUGUGAGCCCAAUGUCUCAAAUCAAGUAAAUACUAUGAAAAGGUGGCCUAGCUGGGGUACAGCAAAUCAAGACCCUGCGUCGAUUACAAGCAGCGCUCAAGAUGCCAAGCGCUUCAACCCCAUUGAUAAGCAGACCUCACAAGGUAUGAAACUUCAUAAAGUCGCCGGUACUUACAAUGUCGAAGAUGAGUGGACCAGCGAACAAAAUGCAUAUCAGAGAAAAAUGACAAUCGAUGAUACUCUUCAGAAAGAGAAUGCGAUUCGCAGACUAGCAGAAGAGGCAGACCAAGAACAAGCACUCGAAGAUGAAAUAGAUCUGGAUGAUGAAACAGAUGACGUAGAGGACGACGACGAUUAUCGUGAUAUAAAUGCUGCAUCAGAUGAUGGUAACGAAUCAGACGAUGAGGAAGGCUUCGCAGAGUCUGACAAUGAGAGCGACAACGAUUUCGAUUAUGACUUCUGGACACCGGGCCUAACUACCGCCGCAACAUCGACAGAUCAUCUAGAUCACAUUACGGCCUAUACAGAUCGAGCACCGUCUGAUUCCUCGAUUGACUGUGGGAAAAUAGCAGAAGAGAUUCCUUUUCAUGGCACGGCUCCCAGAUCUAGACCUCGGCAAACUAUCAGACGGAAGAAAGAUUGUAAUCAGCAGCAGGGUACUUUUCAUAACCUCGAAGACUUCAUUGUCGGAACUUUGGAUGAAGACCGGCCCUUGCAAGAAGCUUAUUUGUCUUCGCUUGAGCAGCGUAAGCGCGCUAAGCAGAAAGUCAUACCCCAGGACAUUGAUCCCAGCUUUCCUACUUCUGACCUGGAGGCUGACGAUGACGGCAACGAAAGUGAAGAUGAGCUCAUAGAAGAGAAUACCACACCAGAAGAUGAUGAAGGGCAAGGGACCACUUCUCCAAAUCGCUCAGAGGGAGAACGUCGCCACAGCCGCAAAAUGCUACCAGAGAAACGAAAUCGAACACCUAUUCCAUCACCCAAGCGCCUGCGCUCACCUCCUCCACAGCGAUUGUUUGGUCAGACGGCUCAUCGCCUUCGAUCGCCGCCACCAUCCAGCAAGUGGCUUGCCUCUCCACCUUCUUCACGCCGUCCAUCACCAACAAUGAGCACGCCCCCGGGGCCUUUCGCAGGGUUCAAUGUUCAACAUCUAGCGCAGCGGCCCAAUCUCACGCGCACGGCCUCGCUUCCUCGAACAGCGAAUCCAUUCUGGGACCAACACCACCUGCAGAAGGCUCCUUCUGUCGCCCCUGUGACCAAACUUCACCCGUCUAAUCUUUCAAGCCGCCCUCAUACAGAUCUUCACACACGCGGUCCAGUUGACAUAGUUCAGGGCCUUGAAAAGAAACGACAGCGAAGACGCGAAAAGUUUUGGCGGUUGUAUUGCAUGAAGGCUCACGCAGGCAAAGAGAAGGAGCGCAAGUGCCAGCCUGGGAAAGGCGCUGAGCGAAUGCGGGAAUUAGGCAUUCAGGUUCAGGACAGAUUCAAGGGCUAUGGUCACAAUCGGGCCAACCUCAUGCUUUCUAUUUAA